GGACGGACACGAGAACGAGGGGAUCCUCUUUGCACACCUCCACGCCCGGAUGAACACACCCACUCUUUGACGCCUCUAGCCCCUCCUCCUCCCCGUAAAACCUCUUUUACCCCGUGGGGGAAUCGCGGGCAGAGGGCAGAGGGCCGCCGGAACGCACCGGGUAGAAUCCCCCGGGCAGACACGACGCACAGUCGUCACAGUCACACACGCCGGCACGACUCGUGUCUUUUGGCGUUAUAUAUCAGGCGUCCCGUUUUAAUGCCAACGACACAUCAACUAGGAACAGGAAUAACCUUGUCGUUCAAAACCUCGUUUCGUGUUCAGAUAACGCCCUCGUUGUGUUUUUUCCCCGUCCGAUAAGCUACAGCGAGAAAAAGAGACGAAAAAAAAAAAGGGGGGGGCUUCUCUCUGCUCAGUUAUCUCGUCACAUCCCAACCACCCGCGCGAGUCGAAGGCGGGUUUUUGAUAGGUGGCGAGACAAGACCGACACCACACAACGGACAAAGGAACGAACAGACGGACGGACGGCAGGCAACCUCGACAAGGAAAAUUGCUCAACAUGAGCCUCGACAACGGGCAGAAGCCGUCCCUCGACAUGAAGGAGGACAAGAACGCGCCCGUCGUCAGCGAGGCCGACGCGGAGCUCGCCGAGGCGCUGAGGAACUACGUGCCCGGCACGCGCGAGGAGAAGCAGCUCGUGCGCAAGAUUGACAUUUUCCUGAUGCCCAUGCUCUGGAUCAUGUAUAUCCUGAACUACGUCGACCGCACCAACAUUGGCAACGCCAAGAUCGCCGGCAUGCAAAAGGACCUCGGCCUCACCGACGACGGCUACGCCUGGGUGCUGUCCAUCUUCUUCUUCGGCUACCUCAUCUGCGAGGUGCCGUCCAACAUGAUCCUGAGCCGCAGCCGGCCGUCCAUCUUCCUGCCGGGCAUCAUGCUCGUCUGGGGCGCGCUGAGCGCCCUCAUGUCCAUCUCCAAGAGCUACGGCGCGCUGCUGGCGUUCCGCUUCAUCCUGGGGUGCGUCGAGGCCGGUUUCUUCCCGGGCGUCUUGUACCUGCUGAGUUGUUGGUACACGAGAGCCGAGCUGGGCAAGCGCUUCGCCAUCUUCUACACCGCCGCCGUCCUCUCGGGCGCGUUCGGCGGCCUCCUCGCCGGCGCCAUCACCGCCAACCUCGACGACGCCCACGGCAUCCGGGGGUGGCGCUGGCUGUUCAUCGUCGAAGGCGUGGCCACCGUCGGCGUGGCCCUCAUCGCCUUCUUCGUGCUGCUCGACUACCCGGCCACGGCGCGGCAGAUGACGCCGGCGCAGCGCCAGCUCGCGAGCAUCCGCAUCAUCGCCGACGGCAUCGCGUCGGGCGGGCAGAACCGCAAGCGGCUCUCGCACCGCGACGCCUUGGUGGCGGCCGUGUCGGACCCGCGGACGUACGCCUUCAUCCUGCUCUUCAUGCUCGACGUCGGCGCCGGCACCAUCUCGUACUUCAUCCCGACCAUCACCCUGACGCUCGGCUACGACACCGUGACGGCGCAGUACAUGACGGUGCCCAUCUACGCCGUCGCCUCCGUGUGUCUCAACGUCGUCGCCUGGAGCUCCGACCGCCACGUCGAGCGGCGCUGGCACGUCGCGGCGCCGCUGGCCCUGGGCUUCGCGUGCAGCGUCGUGUGCGCCGCCGUGCAGACGCCCAUGGUGCGCUACGUCAUGAUCUGCUUCGUCGCCGCCGGCAUCUGGUCGGCCCUGCCGCUGGUGCUGUCGUGGACGAGCGGCGUCAUCAGCCUGCCGCCCGAGAAGCGCGCCAUCGUGCUGGCCAUGGUCAACGCCUUUGGCAACUUCUCGAGCGUGUACGGCAGCCGCAUCUGGCCGAGCCGGGACGCGCCGGCGUAUCAUGUCGGGUUCGGCGUCACGGCGGCGUUCCUGGGCGCGGGAAUGAUCGUUGCGGUGCUGAUGCCUCUGUUUGUCAAGUGGGUGGACUGGAAGGGGACCAAGGCCGAGAGGGAGGUUCUUGCAGAGGAGCAGGAGUAGGGUGAGGGAGGGUAGAUGAAGAUCAUGAGAGGGAUAAUGUAAGGGAAUGGUGAGGGGGUGUUGUGUGAUACUUUGGUAUAACUGAAACGCUUUUCUAGUAACAAACAAUACCAGACAGGUUUCCACUGGCCUUGCGGACGUUGGCUGCACAUGUAUCGCGGUUUGAGGCAGAAUGUCCUCGUAUCUUUCAGGGAGUUUCUUCCAUAUGAACAUCUUCAGGAGUCCUGUCCUGUCUAUCUAGGCUCGGCAUAUUUUAGCCUGAUUCUCUAGCUACUCGCU